GUUACGGACUAGCCCGUCGUCUUGGUUGCAGUACGCAUGCGCUUCAACGAAACGGUUGCCGAGUAACGCCGUGGCACGUGAGCUUUUUAAAGGAAUUUCGAAAAACAAAUAAACGACCGCCGCAUUUCUUGCUCUAAAAUCUGUGUGUUGAUAUGAGUGUCAAAAUGAAUGACGUGAGAAAAGUGUUGAUGAUGGUUGAAGAGAAGUUCCAGCGCUUUAAGCAGCAGCAGUUCACCUUCAUCGCGGCGCUCGAGCGCUCCCGAGAGCACGCGCACCACCGGACACAACCGGUGUCUACUGUCAAUGAGGUGCAAUGGUACAUGACACAACACUGCAGCAAUACCACAGACAUGCAGAUCUUCUCGCUCUUCCUGGACAUCAUGAACAAUCUCAAGGAUCUGUUUUAUAUGAUUGAGUCUUUAGCGUCUGCUCGGAACUACGCCGGAGAUGUUCUAAACAGCUACAGGAAUGUUUUUAGUCCUGAAUAUAACUUCAGCCAGUUCCGGACACAUUACCAAUAUAAUGGGGUUAAUCGUCUGAGUUGUGACGAAGCUCAAAACUACUACGGCGGUGUCAUCAGCGUGAUUCCUGUGAUUCUGGAUCUGCUUAAAGAAGCCAUCACGGACCUGUCACAAGCUAGCAAAAAAAUGGUUCCUGAGAUGGAGAAUACCACACCUGUGCAGCAAAGGGCUUCUAAUAACGCACAGGUCAGGUCUGUGAAAAAAACAUAUGGAUCCAGACGAUCCUCCAAGUCUACACAGAAAGCUGCAGAUGGAUGGAAACCCUCAGAUGGAUGGAAACCUGCAUGGAAGCCGCCAGGUCCCGGGAGAAAGUGAACAAUUUUCUUCUACAAUUUUAAAGUAAAUCCAUUUAAAUAAAAACAGUACAAACAAUUCAAUGAGGUUCAAAACGAUGAAAGCAUUAAUAAAUUAAACGAUGAAAGCACUAAUAAAUGAAACGAUGAAAGCACUAAUAAAUGAAACGAUGAAAGCAAAA